CAAAUUGCUAAUUCUUCGAACAAACCAUGUUUAUGAGCUAUAAACAUUCAAGGCAUAUAGGAUCGUGAUCAGUGUUUUAAUUCAAAAACUAACUAAAGUUCGUUUUACUAUGUAAAUUGCUGUGACCUCUAAGACUGCUCUUUGAGUUUUCAGUAAUCAUUCGUCGAUUGCUAGCGUCCUUCACUGAAAAAGAGCUACUAUAGUAUUGAUCUGCAGUGCCAUGCCGCCAUGCCAGCCGUUGCGAAGGUCACGCAAAUCGAAAGCAAACUAAUGAAGCGCUGGGAACGUAGCUGAACGUAUUAUUGAUUCGAUCCGCGCUCGAGCUAAGUAGCACGAUCGAGAAAGUGUCUACAUUUCAGGCCCUUCGAAGCAUGUGGCGAUGAUUUUCAUUACGGUUUACAACGACGUCCUCGCUUACAACCCACGGGAUGAAAAAAGAAAGAGGAAGGUGCGUGUCAUGUCAAUUGUGCUUCACUUAUUAUUAUUGUAGUCGGGCUGUCUUCGAUCUUCUUCGAUUUGAAACUAGUGAAUUUCCCAUAAACACACUUAAAAUAUUUUGCUAUCACUAACGACACCGUGAAUUGCUUCGAUCCAUGUCGCAUUUACGGUAUGAAAAUAUGCUAUGAGCAGCAGCAUCAUGUAAUUAUAAAUAACUUCUAGUUUUCUUUCGUGAGUCAUAACAUAAUGCGCGCCUGUUUGUAAAUAACUGAAGAAUUUCAGUUCCAUGUUUCAAUUGUUUUGAUGCCUUCGCUUCACUGAACGCGGGCCAGUAUCGUGGAACGUUCGUGAUAGUAUUUCGUAGUUAUAUAGAAAAUCAUUUGGUAAAAUUGCGAUGCUAUCAUUAAAUUUCGUGGUGCAAUUAUUAUAUUGAUCAACAUUUGGUUGUUCGCCUGUUUGAAGUGUACUAAAGCCAUUAUUCAGCCAUGGGCUUCAGGCUAAAUGCGAACAAUUUUGUUGUUACUGACUCUAGGCUAGUUCAAACGGCUUGUUCCAGCACUAGAGAAAAUUCUAGCAAAUUUAAACAGAAAGGAACUCGCGAUGUUUGGUUAGUGCCCUAAAAACGAACUACUCCGCCCUCUAUUUUGAAAACUUUUGAUGCUACGCGACACGCGACAUCAGUGGAAACAGAAAAUGUCGCCUGAUUUCCAUACGAAGAAAGAAACAUUAACGACCCUCAUUGAAUAGCAGCGUUCGAGUCUUUAAAGGUUGAAUUAUUGGUACUUUUUUUUUCACAUGUUUGUGGCUUUAUUAAGAAUUACUGGCUUUCUUAUGAGUUAUAAAAUCCAGGCCACGACAUGUCACGAAAUGUUGUCGCACGCACCUAUACAUUUUGUACAAAGGCUAGUAUUUCAUUUACGGUUUCCAUGUCACGAUUAAUUUACGACCCCUUGAGCACAUACAUACACAGGCGCUCCUGUCAAUAAUUUAACCUGUUAAUUGCGUCUCUUUAAACAUGUGUCGAUCGGGUUUGCAAUAUUAAAGCAGUAACUGAUCCUCAGUUUAAAGAAUCGUAUUUAGAGCCACAACUUGCUCAUCAGGGGUCUCGGAAAAUCUAGAUUAGAUCUGAAAACCUUGUAAAACUUUGUUACGAGUCUCGAAUUUUUAUUUCCGUUUCUUGUCCUCCCUCAAAUUUUAGAUACUCUCGAAAACUGAAACGAAGUUUCGGCUUCUUGCUGAGCGUCACAUUAAACACUCAGUCCUCACGCCUAAUAUGAGGAAAGAUGACUGAAGAGUGACAGUUUUCUUUUGUUUAAAGGCCGGUAUUACGUUAUUUCAGCGGUAUUAAACUGCAUAAAUUUGCUCUUCUGGUAAAUUAGGACACCUGUACAUGACAACGCCGUCACGCUGCGAGCUUUGUUUUCUUCCUUUUUUAAUAACAAAAAUGGUUUUAUUUCAUAGAUUUCGUCAUUUUACCGUGCCAAAAAGCCUCGAAGAUGAUGUUUGUUGCAAACACUUUGCGUUCGAAAGAGGAAGGAACGUAUUUGAGCCGUUUAGAGCUGUUAUAACAAACUUCCUAUUCAAUCAUGACAUGCGCGUGGAGGCUCAUUGUUCCGCUGUCACCUUCAUGUAGUCUGGUUGGCAUGCGCCGGGUGUCUGUAAAAUAAUUGUUUAAGGUAUUGUCUCCAAGUUUCAUUUUCACGUGAACAGCGGUAACUAACAAUACAUUUGAAAUAUGCAAAAAUGCUAGCUAUUGUUGUGUACGAAAACAUGAAACUUGGAGACAAUACCAUGGAUAAUGAGAGGCUCUCACUUGUAAACACAAAAUUACUGACAAAAUAUUAGCGAAUUGUAGCCCUUAUUUUACUGCCUUGCAAUACAUCAAUAAUCUUGAAAUUAAAAGGUCAUAUAAAAGGAAGGUUAAUCUCAAGAAUCUUACAUUUUUUAAAAAAAUCUAUCGAACGGUUUAAAAAUUAUUCGCUAAUUUGUUAAAGUAGACCAAGAUGUUUACAAACCGCUACCAAUAGCGCUUCGAUACAUACUAAUCAAAUGCUUCUUUCUAGCAAUGGGCUGGAGCUAUCUCCAUGAUCUUUCACACACGUUUUUACAACGAUUGAAACUACUACGAAGUGAAAUUGCUUGUCAAAAACACUGCAAUUUCUACAGAUAACAGCCGAAUAUCAAGAUUAUCCAUUUUUUUUUUACCGUAUUUCUAACCAUAAAAAAACUUUAUUCCAAAAUAUCUCGAUAACGCUCUUACAGAUUUUGCAUCAAGACCGCUAUUGGAGGAAAAAGCUCCCGUAAACGAUUUUGGAAGGACAGUUCCCAGUGACGAGAAAUACUGCUGCAAGUAAAAUAGGUAACGCCAUUUCGUUGCUAUGACAACUCCGAUGUCAUUGCAACCCCGGUCAUAACGAAUUGUCAUCUUCAUCUAAUACAACUGUGGUGGCCAUUUUCCCAAAUCUUUGUUUAUGGCGAGGUAGUUUAUGCUCAAACUUGCGAGGUAUUGACCCUAAAAAACUGUAUCGAGCCACCUUAAACAAUUUUUUGAAUUAAAUUUCUAACGUGAAACAAUUCAAUGAGCAAGGCUCGCAACAUUCGCUAAAUGUACAAUUGUAAACAAUUUAUGCUUACUGCCGGCAGAAGAAAUGAAACAUAUACCUGCCAAGUGUCACGCCUGCGGAUCGAAAACUUGGAUCUCACGCCUACUCACGCGUGUGUUCCGAUUUGUCACGCCUGGUAGAAAAGUUUGAGCCAUUACAGCAUUAACUGACACAUUUUGAAAAAUGUAUUAAUUAUUUAAACAAACCAGAACCAAAGAGAGAAAAGAAGGUCUAUGUGGAUGAUCGACUUUCUCCGAAUUCUGUUUUUUUAGUAGGGAAGUCAAUGUCCCUUUGUGUUCCUGUGUUCGUGUUAGACGGAACUCUUCGUAACAUCUUCGGAAGUCUUCGGGACGUCUUCGGACAUCUUCGGAUAUUAUCGGACCCCUCCGAAAAAUCUUGGCACUAUUAAGAUAAAAAAUGUCACGCCUAUAAAUGUAAAAAGGUUGGCAGGUUUGGAAACACAAUCGAAAUACGAUUGCAGCGAUUAAACAUCAACUCGCCAUGCGGAUCAAAUUUCGCGACAAUUCCUGACCUUUUCGCCAGUGGCUGAAAAAACUGGCCGUUGCCGUUGUAGAGAAGUGGCCGUUGUGGAGAGAGGUUCGAGUGUAGUAUUGAUGGUUUUCACAUAACGUCACUAAAAUUCAAACUAUAAUCUAUCGAUCCUACUGAGAUUUUACUUUGAUGAUGUAUUAGAGCAGCUGAAAACUAAUAUUCACACAAAUUUUCGCUUCAAAAGCGUUCUUGGUUUUGUGUUAGAGUAGGGUUGAAUUUCUAAGCUUUUGCGUGACGCGGAUUUUACAUGACGGCCGAGAGAGCUGUAAUGUAGGUUAAAAAAGUGUCUUAUUUCGGGUAAUUUUGCUAUUUAAACGGUUAAUGUAUUAGAAAAAGUAUUACUUUAAUGUUUAUGAGUUACUCGAGGGAUAAAUUCACGCUUUUGUAGCAAAACUCGGUAGCAGAUGUUUCUGUUGGUUUCCGUCCGCCAUGUUGGUGCCCAUCCAGGUGGGCACCAGCUUGGCGUUUCCAUACAAAUUUCUAUAAAUUUGGGUAAAACAUUUUUUUUGAUAUCUCGUAUGCGAAAUAAUUCUCUGACCCGAAUCUUGGCGAGUGUCUUUGUUUUUUUUAACUCCUUUCAUUUCCGGCCUUAAACUAUUGAACGGUUUACAUUUUUAUUUUGAUCUAUGUUGAAUGGUGUGACAAUGAAAACCAGCAAUAAAGCUACAGAAGCCUUAACUCUACCCGACUGCAACAAAUGUUGUCCCGACUGUGGUCGUCAGUUUGUACAGCUUCGAUGUUCUUUUAACAUUGAUAUGAAUGAUCAUUUUAGUGGUCAGCCAUUAUACAGUCAAACAUGUAUUAAGCGAACCUUUGUUUAGCGGUCACCCUCUAUUAAUCAAUCACUUAAUUAAGUCCUGGAAAUAAUUUCCCUCAAUUACUAGAAAACUGACCUGUUACCGGGUACAAUUAAGGUGAUGUUUCCUUUUGGUGCAUCUCCGCGGUGACUUUUCUUUUAUGAAAGUACGUAUGUCUAAUUAGAGUUUUUGAUUGAUGACAAAGCCUUGUUUGAGUUGCGCACUUUUCUCAAUUUAACAUUUUUUUUUUACCUCAAUUUGGCUCUUCGUCCAUAUUUUCCAGGCAAUGCCUACCUUACUCAUUUUUAACCAUUUUAGGCGUGUUUUCAUGACUUUUCACCCGAAUUCAUGGCAGCGGAAAACUUCAGUUAGACUUACAAGUGUUUUUGUGGGUAAAAAACUAUUGUUCUAAAUUCUGUCUUGUACUGUGAACUGCAUUGUAUUUGCCCUCUGAGGUUUUCGAUCACGUCCGUAGUUAAUUUCUGGAAAAGUCUUGGACAAUCAUUUUCGAUGAAGAAGCUUAACACCCUCUGGAAAUCUACAAUAACGUUAGAUUUUCAAACUGUUAAUUCCUGAUACUGCAAUAUGAAGUUGUAUGAUCCUAGUUGAAGAAUAAAGUAAGUAUAAAGAAAGAAGUCACGUCCCAUUUGUUGAUGAAGAACCAGCUAGUUCCCUAUAAAAAUUUCUUCCAACAAUAUUUCUCUAGACUGUUCACAGUCUCCUGUUUUCCCGUGAGAUGGAGAUUGAGCGCUUUGGGUUACGGGCAGCCAUCUUGGAUGAGUGUCAAAACUAUUUAGGGGGCGGGCGUGGUUUGGACCUUUCGGCUUUCUCGCUUUCUCCCAAACUGCCCCCCGCCCCUUAAGUAUUUUUUUUUUCAACCAAGAUGCCUGCCCGAAGCGCAACGCGCUCGAUCUCGACGAUCUUACGGAAAAAUAGAGGACUGUGAACAGCCUAAUAUAUAUUUCACUCCCAAACCAUCUUUAGAUUUUUUGAAUAGCUCUUAGGCGGUGUGUCGAACCCUAGUAGUAAUUGGUCACGCUCUUUUAAGCAGCAGUAAAUGGGUGACAACUUAAUACAGGUUUGCCUGUGAUAUGAAAAUGAACAUUUCAGAGGCCGGUCAACCGUUUUAUAUCAUGCUUUUUUUGGUUCUUUCUAGUGCUUGUUGGCAGAUGACUCGGUAACCAAAAAACAUGAACUUCAUUAAGUCACAUGUGAAGAAAGCACAUUCCGUGUUUCGUUGCAGUCAGUACAAGACAGUCGGUGCUUUUGUGGUAUGCUUUAUCAUCAUUGCGUUGUUUCUAAAACUGAACGUAAUGACUCCCGGAGUGUACACUGGAAACAAGCCCUGGAGUCCCGCACCAAAAUGCAAGAAUUCCGAACAAGACCUUAAUCGUAUGGUUCAAUUAACACACAAGGUGCAAGACAUCUUGAAAAAUAUGGGAAUCGAUUGCUGGUUGAUGUACGGCUCUUUAUGGGGACCGUUACGAGGUAUGGAGGGUCCCCUCCCGUGGGACGACGAUGUCGAUCUUGCCAUAAAUGGCGAUGGUAUUUUUAGCCAAAUGACGUUUAGACAAUUUAAAGCCAUGUUUACUGCUCCUGGACUGUCGGUGGAAAGUAGGCUAUGGCAGAGUUCGUUAAUUGUCAUUUCCGAGGGAGACGCGUGGCCAUCACUGGAUCUGUUUGUGUUUUAUAACUACGGUGGUACUAUGAAAAGACCUGGUUUCGAAUCCUGGUUGUUGCCGAUCAACUACAAACUUUAUCACACAUUUCCAGCUCAUUUAGUCGAACAGCCCUUGCCCAAAGUGAAGUUUGGAUCCUUCAAUAUUUCAGUUCCCAGAGAUGGCAUUGAAAUCAUGAAACAUUUGUAUCCGUAUAAUUGGUGGAAGGUAGUGCGACCAGUAGGUUGCGAUAAUUAACAAAUAGAGCCUAUUUUGAUCAAGAGAUUAGAGAAUAAUUAGUCCCUGCGUUGCCUUAGCUCGAUGGGUGACAGGGGAGACCAUUCUGGGCGUGGUUUAGGCUUUAUUUGGCCCUAAAACACGAACAGGGGGUGCUCCUGGGGAAAUGGGGAAACCAUUGUUGUUUUUCUCUUGUGUUGUAGCGUGGGUAUUAAAGACUUGAAGAUUUCUAAGACGAGUGCGACUACGCUAAGUAGUGUGCGGGAGUGAACAAGCGUCAUUUUGGCGGAAAAA